AUGACAAUCAAUAUAUUCAAAGCUAGAAUCAGGAGUCCAAAAGAUGCAUUAAUACAUUUGGCAUUUGGUUGUACGAUAGGGUACCUAAUAGGAUUUUUGUUGAUUUUCGAUGGUGAUUACGAUAUUUCUGAGCAUAUUUCUCUGGUUGGACAUGAAAAACCCACCCAGAAAGCUGAAAACUUUAAUCUUCGAUGCGUGAUCAUUAUUCAUAGAGCCACCCAUAAACCAGAGAAAAUUAUAUCAGCACUGAGCGAUGGCUACACAAAACAUUGCCAGGAGACAAUUUAUUUUACCAACAAUCAAAAAGUUUUUGAUAAAUUUCAAAGUGAGUGUUUUUUAAAUAUUACUAUCAUAGUACAAAAGGUGGGCGAAGGUCCCGCAAAGAAAACUACCUGGGAAGAACCAUCUGGGAGGAAAAAUGGGCAGAAAAACCAUACAAUGUAUUAUGUGGAUUCAAGUCUCAAUCAUUUCUAUUGGUCCUUCUACCAAUACGUUAUGGAAUUCUCAUCCAAAGUACCUUCCCAGUGGACUUUUAUUGGAGAUGACCAAACUUAUUUAAUAGUUCCGAACCUUCGAAAUGUACUUCAUAAUUUUGAUUCUGAAAAACCAGUGGUGCUGGGGAAAGUUCGAGAUACUAGUACUUUCUUCUCGUGGCUCUUCCCGCUUAGUAGUUUCAAGAAGAUUUCUGUUCGUGGUGGUAUCGUGUUUUCGAAUUCAGCAAUUGACAAACUUUCGGCUUGCAAAGGAUUUUUCUUUGCACGGGCUUCCGAUUACGCUCUUUAUGACUGUAGUGAUAGUCACAAUGUUCAAAUCGCUGACCCAUUUGAUGAAGAUGCUCUUCGAUUGUUCAAUGAUCUUCCACCCAAACAAAUAAUUGCUCCAGAUUCGAAACUUUUCCGCACUAGUUCAAUGAAAGGAGGAAAGUGUUCGGAUCAUGCAGUUUCGUUUGGUCAACUUUCCGAGAAGGAUAUGCGAGUUCUUGAGUAUGGAAUGACGUUGAAGGUCUUCGGAAGAGGAGGUCUCGAAACUUCCGAAUCGAAUGAAACAACCACCACAUGA